AGCUGGCCUUCAGCGCUUAGAGCAACACAACUCAGUGGAGGCGAGUGAAAAGGAUUUUUUUUUUUCACCAAGAGCUGUUUUUCUCGCUCUGCCUCUCCAUCUCUCAUCCCAUCUGUCGGAGCGCUCGUGCCAGAGCUGUUUCAUAACCAGAGAUUCAUCUGGUGGACAGAGACUUGAGCGACAACUGAAGGAUAAAGAAUUUCUCCAUUUUUCUUUUUUUCUUCUCUAAAAACAACCAACAGCUAUGAUUCACCUGUACGUAAACAGUAGUCCCACUUGAACCAGAUUCGCUCCAAUCAAGCUGUCCCAGCCUCAUCCUACUCUAGUAUGAGUUAUGACAUCUCCACAUCCACGCCCAGCAGCAGCACUCAGGGGGGAGUGGCGGCGGCUGAAGACGACCAGCUCCAGGCGGAGUCACAGCUCUUAGGCCUGCAGAGCGGCGGCGCUCAGCCCAGGCCCAAUGCCAUCUCCCAGGAGCAGGGGAGCAGCUCCGGAGGGGGCUCCUCCCCCGACGGGGGGUCCCGGUCCGGAGACCAAAGGGGGCCCAACUCGGACGACAUGGACGGGGUGUCCAGCGGGAACGACUCGGGCGAGCGGGACAACAGGCCGUGCAGACACCAGUCGUCACGCAGCUCCCGCAGUCUCAGCUCCUCCAACGGGAAGGACUCCGGCAUGAUGCUGGAAACAACGGAGAGCCACAAGAGCAGCUCCAACUCACAGAGUCUGUCGCCUCCCGGCGGCUCUCUGGCCUACAGCCUGCUGUCCACCAGCUCGGAGCACGACCCGCCCUCCACCUCCGGCUGCAGCAGCGACCAGUCGGCGCGGCUCCAGACGCAGAAGGAGCUGAUGAAGGCCAUCAAGGAGCUCAAGCUCCGCCUGCCAGCUGAGCGCAAGACCAAGGGCCACUCCAGCACCUUAAGCGCCCUCAAAUACGCACUUCAGUGUGUCAGACAAGUUCGAGCCAACAAGGAGUACUACCAUCAGUGGAGUGUGGAGGAGUGUCACGGCUGCAGCCUGGACCUGUCCACCUUCACCAUCGAGGAGCUGGACAACAUCACCUCAGAGUACACGCUGAAAAACACUGACACCUUCUCCAUGGCGGUGUCCUUCCUGUCGGGGAAAGUGGUGUACAUUUCCCCACAGGGCUCCUCCCUGCUGCGCUGCAAGCCCGAGUUCCUGCAGGGCACCAUGUUUUCCGAGCUGCUGGCCCCGCAGGACGUCAGCACCUUCUACAGCGGCACGGCGCCCUGCCGCCUGCCCUCCUGGGCCUCCUGCAUCGGCUCGGCCUCUCCUCCCGUCGACUGCACGCAGGAGAAGUCCAUGUUCUGCCGGCUCAGUGCCGACCGGGCCAGGGGCAGCGAGAUGCGCUACUCCCCGUUCCGCCUGACGCCCUACCAGCUGACCCUCAGAGACUCCGACGACGCCGAGCCGCAGCCCUGCUGCCUGCUCCUCGCCGAGAAGGUCCACUCCGGAUACGAGGCUCCUCGUAUCCCUCCUGACAAGAGGAUCUUCACCACCAGUCACAGUCCCAGCUGCCUCUUCCAAGAAGUCGAUGAGCGGGCAGUGCCACUGUUGGGCUACCUGCCCCAGGACUUGGUGGGGACCCCCAUCCUGCUCUGCGUCCACCCAGAGGACAGGCCCAUGUUGGUGGCCAUUCACGAGAAGAUCUUUCAGUUUGCAGGGCAACCGUUUGAAUAUUCGCCCCUGCGCAUGUGCGCCCGCAACGGGGAGUACCUGACCAUCGACACCAGCUGGUCCUCCUUCGUCAACCCCUGGAGCAGAAAGGUGGCAUUUGUUGUCGGGCGCCACAAAGUCAGAACGAGUCCCCUGAACGAGGACGUGUUCUCCAUGCCGCGCGGCAGCGAGAGCCGCGUCACCACGCCCGACAUCGUCCAGCUGAGCGAGCAGAUCCACCGGGUGCUGGCGCAGCCGGUGCACAGCGGCAGCUCCCAGGGCUACAGCUCGCUGGGCUCCAGCGGCUCGCGGGGCUCCCACCGCUCCCACCAGCAGCACCUGAGUGCCUCGGCCGCCUCGUCCAGCGACAGCAACGGGGCCGCGAUGGACGAAGGCGCCGCCACCGCCGUCACUUUGCACAAACCCAUGACGUUUCAGCAGAUCUGCAAAGACGUCCACAUGGUCAAAACCAACGGGCAGCAGGUUUUCAUCGAGUCUCGCAACCGCCCACCACCACGAAAAAACCCCGGCGCUGGGGCAGCAAACGUCAGAGCCAUCUGCAGCGACCCCCUCAGAGGCCUGGCGGCGGACAUGACGCAGCCCCCCCGGGCGCUGGUCCCCGCGUCGCUGGUUCCCAAGGAGCCCACCACCGGCUACUCCUACCAGCAGAUCAACUGCCUGGACAGCAUCAUCAGGUACCUGGAGAGCUGCAACAUUCCCAACACCGUCAAGAGGAAGUGCGGCUCCUCCUCCUGCACCUCCACCUCUGACGAGGACAGGCAGCCGGACGUCAGCGGCAACAGCAAAGGUGGUUCAGUAAACCUUGUAGGUGAACCACCUCCUCUGCCUCCUCUGACCAUGGCCACGAAGGCAGAGAGUGUAGCCUCAGUUACGUCUCAGUGUAGCUUCAGCAGCACCAUCGUCCAUGUAGGAGACAAGAAGCCUCCCGAGUCAGACAUUGUCAUGGAAGACGCACCAACAACUCCGACCGCUGCACCCGCCCCCUUCAACGCCGCCGCCGCCCCGCCCCCUCCCACGAGCGGCUCGCCGCCGCCGGCCACCAGCAUGGCCAUCGCCCACUGCCCUCCUCCCCUUCCCCCCCCGCCGCCCCCCCAGCCGCAGGCCGCUCAGGCGGAGCGCGACAGCCGGAGGAGCGGGAGCGUGGGGGGCGGCCGGCUGGGCCUCACCAAGGAGGUGCUGUCUGCCCACACCCAGCAGGAGGAGCAGGCCUUCCUGGACCGCUUCAAGGACCUCAGCAAGCUGCGCGUCUUCGAUCAGACGGCGUCCUCCACCGCGCGCUGCCAGACCCCCGCUGCUCCGCCGCGAGGCGUGCGCUGCUCUCGGGACUACCCCGCAGCGGGAGGCAGCUCCGUCCACCGGCGGGGCCGCGGCGGCAAGAGGCUCAAACACCAGGAGUCCUCGGAGCCGCGCAGCUCCCUGGGCGUUCCCGGGGCUCGCCAGGACCCCCGCGCCGGCGCGGCCCCCAUGCCGCUGGGCAUGACCCUCGGCGCUCCCACAAACUCCUCCUCCUGGCCCUCCCUGGGCUCGCAAGCGAGCAUCCCCCCGUCUCCGUUUGCCUCCGGCAUGCUCCCGCUCUACCCCAUCUACCCGCCCAUGGCGCAGCCCCUGCCCAUUCCCGACCCGUCCCGGUUCCCCGCCGCCCAGAUGGUCCCCCCCAUGAUGGCCCUGGUUCUGCCAAACUACAUGUUCCCCCAGAUGGGAGCGGCCAUGUCUCAGCAGGGCGCCGCCCCCCCGGGACCCUUCUACAACCCCAACUACAGCUACCCCGGAGCCCCCCCGGUCCUCCCGGCCCCCAUGGCCAACGUCUCCCACCUCAUGGCGGCCUCGGCGCCGUGCGCCCCGUCCCGCAGCAGCACGCCUCAGUCCUGCACGCAGAUGCCCGCCGACCGGGAGGGGGCGGAGUCCCCCCUCUUCCAGUCCCGCUGCUCCUCCCCGCUCAACCUGCUGCAGCUGGAGGAGUUGCCCAGCAACCGCCUGGAGGUGGCCACGGCGCUGGCGGCGUCCCAGCAAACCGCGCCAUCUGCGCAGGGGGGCGGCGCCGGGGGGCAGAGCUCAGCCAAUCAGACGAGCUCUGACGACACGUCAAAGGAGAAUGAGAAUGGGGAAACCAACGAGUCCAACCAGGACGCCAUGUCCACCUCCAGCGACCUGCUGGACCUGCUGCUGCAGGAGGACUCCCGCUCAGGCACCGGCUCGGCCGCCUCCGGCUCCGGGUCCUCAGGCACCAGGUCCUCGGGUUCGGGCUCCGGCUCCAAUGGCUGCAGCUCCUCUGGCACCAGUGGAACCAGCGGCAGCCACACCAGCAAGUACUUUGGGAGCAUCGACUCCUCGGAGAACGACCACUCCCGCAAGCAGCCAGCAGGGGGCAGCAGCAGCGGCGGCGGGGACGGCGGCGAGGAGCAGUUCAUCAAGUGCGUCCUGCAGGACCCCAUCUGGCUGCUGAUGGCCAACACCGACGACAAAGUCAUGAUGACCUACCAGCUGCCCGUCAGGGACGUGGAGACGGUGCUGCGAGAGGACCGGGAGGCUCUGCGGAACCUGCAGAAACACCAGCCCCGCUUCACGGACGAGCAGAAGAAGGAGCUGAGCCAGGUCCACCCCUGGAUCCGCACGGGCCGCCUGCCCCGCGCCGUCAACAUCUCUGGCUGCGUGGGCUGCAAGAGCCCCCCCUGCGUGCCCCCCGUCGCCCCCUUCGACGUGGAAAUCCACGACAUGGAGCUCUGCGCCGUGCUGAAGGCCCACGGGGAGAGCAAGGCCGACCCGAGCCUCGCAGAGGCGGCCAUGGACGAGGCCCAGCCCGGGAUGGAGGAGGAGGAGGAGGGGGAGGAGGAAGGCAAAGCGCCCGGCGCCACCUCAGUGGCCGCGGGCCAAAAGGCAGACACCUAA